GAUGAUAUGUAAGUGAGGUUAUUUUCUGAAUUUCUGAACAGUUUUCAAAAAGUUUUAUAUUUUACUGUAAAAGAAAUGGCGAAAGACAAAAAGAAAGGCUCAAAAGCGAACGUUUUUAAAGUGGCUGGUGCUAAAAGCUUAAAGAAGACCAAAGCGAAGGCAGUAAACUUAGGUUUGAAAAAUCUCAAGCAAAAAGUAGCAGAUAUAGACAAGCAAUUUAUUGAAAUAAAGAAUAAACCCAAACUUAUUCCAGAACCAAAAAAACAAGAUAAAAAAACUCCUAAGAAAACUGAGAAUAAUGUGACAAAAGAGGAAGUAUCUUCUGCAGCAGAUCAAAUUGUAAAAAUGGACUUAUAACAAAUGGCCAGGUUUUAUAAGCUGUUAAUUUAUAAUUCAUAUUAUUCUUUAAAAAGUUAUUGUCAAGUUUAUAGUAUUUACAGUAUAUACUAGUUGUGCACAAUAACAUGAGACCAUACUUAUGAAUAGCUAUAAAAAUUAGCCCAGUAAUUUUUGUGAAUUACUUACUAUUAUUUGAGAGUUGUUUCUUUCAAGCUAAUAUUAUAGGGGAAAUAAACAACUAUUUUUUGUUAA